UCACUAAUAUAGUAGUUGCUAAUGCAAGUAAUAUAAAUCACAUAACGCAUGUAAGACAAAUCAGUUAUACGUUUUUGGUAUAACUACGCCGUCUGACCAUUACAUGUUUAUAACAAGAUUAAUUAACCACACAAAAUGUUGGAAUGACUGCCAUAGAAGCAGUAUAUAAAGCCAGCAGAUGAUGAUAUUUGAAGUAAACAAGCUGAUUUGUUGUAAAUUUGUGAUUAAUUAACUAACAAUGAACAACUUCAGCCUCUUUCAAGCUGGUAGAAUUGCUAGACUGAUGUUUUUCCUGGUGCAAUCAGCAUUUUUAUUAUUGUUGUUACCAACUUCAUCAUUUGCUGCAUUAGGUAACGAAGCCCUUUUUACCGAGUGUCUUGACCUCCAAUCUAAUCCUCGGUAUCCAACAUCACAAGUUACAUACAGCCAACACAAUUCGUCAUUUACAUCCGUGCUUCAAGAAUAUGCUCGAAACAUCCGGUUCCUGAAACCUGAAAUACGAAAGCCAUCCUUUAUUGUCACACCAAAGCAUGUGUCUAACAUUGUUGCAACUAUCCAGUGUUGUAAAACUCAUUUCUUUGAAAUGAGAAUUCGGAGUGGUGGCCAUGAUAUGGAAGGCCUCUCCUUCACUUCAAAUGUUCCCUUUGUCGUCCUUGACAUGUUUAACUUACGAGCUAUUAAUGUAAACUUAGAGGAGGAGACUGCAUGGGUGGAGGCAGGGGCACAGCUAGGUGAAGUCUACUACAAGAUCGCCGAAAAGAGUUCCAUAUAUGCCUUCCCGGGAGGGGUGUGUCCUACAGUUGGGGUUGCAGGGCACUUGUCUGGUGGAGGGUACGGAAACUUGAUGAGAAAAUAUGGGCUUUCUACUGAUCAUGUAAUUGAUGCAACAGUUGUGAAUGCCAAUGGCAUGGUUCUUGAUAGAGAGGCUAUGGGGGAAGAUAUGUUUUGGGCUCUUCGAGGAGGUGGUGCAGCUUCAUUUGGGGUAAUCCUUGCAUUCAAAGUACAACUUGUUCGUGUUCCUCCUGUUGUGACUGUCUUUCAAGUGGCACGGUCUCUUGAGCAAGGUGCCUCAAGAACUAUGUACCGGUGGCAAGAGGUGGCACCAAAUCUACCCAAAGAUCUCUUCUUAAGAGCUCGAGUGUCCGUGAUCAAGGAUCAAAAAGAAGGCUCAAACAGAUUGGCAUUUACAUUCAUUGCCUUGUUUCUUGGAGAAUCCAAGGAACUUCAAGACCUGUUAACGAAGAGCUUUCCUGAGUUAGGAAUAUCAGCUAAGGAUUGCCAGGAAAUGCCAUGGAUUAACUCUACUCUUUUUUGGGAUGAAUUUCCCAGUGGAACCUCCACUGAAAUCCUUCUUAGUAGGGAAUAUGAAAGGCUAUCUAGGAAAGUAAAAUCAGACUAUGUCACGAAACCAAUACCGCAGGAAGGGUUAGAGCUUAUGUGGAAAGAAUUGCUAAACAUGGAUGGACUGGUAAUGGAAUGGAACCCUUAUGGUGGGAGAAUGAGUGAGAUCCUAGCUAAUGAAAUCGUGUUUUAUCAUAGAGCAGGGAACUUAUUCAAGAUCGAGUAUGACUUUAAAUGGUACGAAGAAGGGAAAGAAGCAGAGGAACACCACAUAGAACUAUCAAGAAGGCUGUAUAAGUUCAUGACUCCUUAUGUUUCGAAUUCUCCCAGGGAGGCAUUCUACAACUAUAGAGAUCUCGAUUUAGGGACUAAUACUGGUAGGUUUGCGAAAACUAGAGCUGAAUUCGGAAGCAAGUACCAUGGAGGCAACUUUCAAAGGCUAUUGAAGGUGAAACUUAAGGUAGAUCCUCUGAAUUUCUUCAGGGAUGAACAAAGUAUUCCACCCAUUCUGAACCUUACUUGAAGAAACAUGGAUCUGAUCAAAGGGGAACAGCUACAAAUAGCCGUUUGACUAAUAAUAGUGUAACCAACUAACAAUUCAUGUUUAAAUUAGUUCUUAACUGAACACAAAUUAUACAUAUGUACACAAUACUUGCAUGUAACAAAUGCCAUUUUUCGUAUUCUUUUGUUUGGUUCUCAUUAUCAAUAAAAUUGUAAUGUUUUUUACCAAGCUUGUUAGUUGUUGGUAAACAUGAAAACAAUACACUUGUAUAUGGUCAUCUUGAUUUUAAACACCCAUAACUUUCAGCAACAGGUUGAUUCCACAGUAUGAGAGCACAAAUUACUUCUAUUUUGGGUUUUUUUUUUUUUUUUUUUUUUAUUUUUUUUUAUUUUUAAAUGCAUAUAAUUCAUUAAAUUACAAAAAAGAAAAAAAAUGUAAAAUAUUAGGUAUGCUAAAAUGAGAAAAUAUUAGCAGAAAUACUUAUUAAUCUUAUGGGAAAAAAAAAAA